AUGGCAGGCUUGGUGGAUCCUCCUGCAAACCUGAAGGGCCCCGACCUGAUCGAGAAGAACAAGUGGUUCAUCUACAUUUGCUGCGGAGGCUGUGGCUGGGGAGACUGGAAGGACCCCCUGUGCGGCUCCGACGUCGAGGACCUGACCCAGAAGGCGACCUGCAACACGACGUCGUUGAUGAACGACGACGGUCUCUGCGCUUGCCUCAACUUUCAGAUGAACCAGACGGCGCAGUGCCAGUGCCCACCCGUGGAUGGCGCGCCGAAGUGCGUCUGCUUCAACACGCCCCUGGUGCCUGGAGGUGGCAUGAGCAAGAAGAAGGGGGACGUCGAGUACCAGGCGAUCUUCGGGGACACCUGGUGGUACACCUACAUCUUCUGCGGCGGGUAUGGCUGCAACGGUCUGAAGGCUUUGGAUCGCCCGAUGAUUGCAGGAUACCAGAAGUUCUUGAUCGUCGAGGGGUCCAUGGGCCUGAACGAGAAGAACGAGUGGCCCGGGGCGGGCAACGGCAUGACGAAGUGCACGGCUGGCCUCUGCAGCGGCGACAAUGUCUGCAUGCAGUCUGUGGAGACGUGCCUGUGCAUCUACACGCAAGUCAAGAUCCCGCCAGAGCAGGGCGCGAAGAAGUGUGUCUGCUGCGCCAAGGACAUCGUUCCGUGA